ACUUCUUUGCGUGUGAAUUUAAUAUUAAGAAUUUUAAAAUGCAAUUAAAAGCCUUAAGUCCACUCAUAAUAAAGUCGCGUCUCUUUAGUGUUGGAAUGUGUUAUGGAGCGCGUUCUCCGCUCUAUCCAACCGUCGCCAACUCGUAUAACCCUUCCAAUGGCCAGGUAACACCGUACGACCAAUAUCGCCAACAACAACAGCCGCAACAACAGCUACAAACACAAAUGUAUAAAACUACAAUUCCAGUGAAUGAGCAGUGUCAUCAAAAACAACAACAACAGCAGCAGCAGUGUCAAGUAACCGCCACGGCCAACAGCUGUCAUUGUAGCAGCACUAGUGGAGCUUUCGCACAAUCAGCUGUUAUUGGCACACAGCUGAGCAACAAUAACACCAACACAAAUGAUGACGCAAUGAAUGUGAAACAGCUUGCAAUCGGAAUCCCCACGUCUGGGCAAUAUUGUUGCCAAGCCACCACCAACAACAACGGCAAUAGAACAACUUUUGCCUCUACACAAGCACACUGUGCUCACCGCAAUAGUAGUCAAGCGAGCAAUAAUCAUCAUACGACUACAUUAACAACAACGACAACAACUGUCGAAUACGAGUUGUCAAAUGGCAUAGCAAAAUUGAGUAAAAUCAGUACGAGUCGAGUCGCCGCCGAGCAGUCAUCAUUGCCGUCUCAAUUGUCGCAGACGCAACAAACAGCAACACCGUCAAAGGAGGAAAAGGAAGUAGAUGAUUUGACAGAAAUUACAACCACCAGCAGCAAUCAAAAUUUGAAAGAAAAUCAAAAGGAAAACGAGACAAAUUUAUUGCCACCUCUAUUAUCCUCCAAAGCAUUAUUGGAUUUAAAUAAAAGCAUCGAAGCUUUAAAUAGCUACAAUAAUUUUAAUAGAAAUAUCCAGCAGCAGCAACUAAGAAAUUACAGUACAACAAUGUCGCAGUGUCUAAAACAGAAAACAACGGCGGUCUUAGCCGAUGAUGCCGAGGUGCCCGGCAAAGUGUCCGGCUUGGAACGCCUGCAUUACAAGAAAUACAACAAGGGUUUAGCCUUCACCGUUGAAGAACGCCAAUUACUCGGCAUUCAAGGUCUAUUACCUGCUGUGGUUAAAACCGAAGAGGAGCAACUGAAGCAUGCACGCAUCUUACUGGAUCGUUUGGAAAAUGACUUGGACAAAUAUAUGUAUCUCUCCAGUCUGGCUGAACGCAAUGAGCGUCUUUUCUAUAAAGUGCUCGCUUCAGAUAUCUCCAACAUGAUGCCCUUGGUAUACACACCGACUGUUGGUUUGGCUUGCCAAAAAUUCAGUUUGAUAUUCCAAAAUCCUAAGGGUCUUUACAUUACCAUCAGAGAUAAAGGACAUGUCUAUGAUGUACUUAAGAAUUGGCCAGAAACAGAUAUCCGCGCUAUUGUAGUCACAGAUGGUGAACGUAUUUUGGGUCUUGGUGAUUUGGGUGCCAACGGCAUGGGUAUACCUGUGGGUAAACUUUCGCUUUACACAGCUUUGGCAGGCGUGAAGCCACAUCAAUGCUUGCCCAUUACACUCGAUGUAGGCACGAAUACACAAAGCAUUUUGGAUGAUCCCUUGUAUAUUGGUCUACGUCACAAGCGUAUUACCGGUCAGGAGUAUGAUGCCUUUAUUGAUGAAUUCAUGCAGGCUGUAGUACGUCGUUUUGGUCGAAAUUGUCUCAUUCAGUUCGAGGAUUUCGGCAAUAGUAAUGCAUUCCGCCUUUUGGAUAAAUACCGUGAUAAUUACUGCACUUUCAACGAUGACAUCCAAGGUACUGCGUCCGUUGCGGUAGCUGGUAUUUUGGCAUCUUUGAGGCUAACUGAAACAACAUUAAUGGAAAAUAAGAUUUUGUUCUUUGGCGCUGGUGAAGCCGCUUUGGGUAUAGCGAAUCUUUGCAAAAUCGCUAUGAUCCGCUUGGGUCUUACCGACAAGGAGGCAUUGGAUCGCAUAUGGCUUGUGGAUAGUCGCGGUUUGAUUGUGAAAAACCGUCCAAGUGGUGGUUUGUCUGAACAUAAGCUACAUUUUGCGCAUCAACACGAACCCGUUGACACUUUGCUCGAUGCCGUUAAGACUGUCAAGCCCACUAUGUUGAUUGGUGCCGCUGCUGUAGGUGGUGCAUUCACACCAGAAAUUCUACAAUUAAUGGCCGAGCUGAAUGAACGACCUGUCAUCUUUGCACUAUCGAAUCCUACCAGCAAGGCGGAGUGCACUGCCGAGCAGGCUUACCAAAACACUGAUGGACGUGUUAUUUUCUCAUCUGGUUCACCCUUCGCACCUGUUACGUACAAAGGCAAGACCUUCUACCCAGGUCAAGGUAACAAUUCAUAUAUUUUCCCAGGCGUAGGAUUAGCUGUUAUCGCCGCCGGUAUUAAAACCAUUCCCGAAGAAAUAUUCCUAAUGGCAGCCCAGGAGCUGUCGUUGAUGAGCCAAGAAGAAGACUUGGCGAAGGGCAGUCUGUACCCACCUUUGGAAAAGAUCACUGAAUGCUCAAUAGGGAUUGCCGUUGCGAUUGUGAAAUACGCUUACGACGAAGGUCUUGCCACCGUGUUCCCAAAACCAGAGAAUAUCUGUGAAUUUAUCAAGUCUCAGAUGUACAAUGUGAACUAUAGCCCCGCUGUUCCGGAAGUUUAUUCGUGGUGUAACAAAUUGUAAACAUUCAAGCAUACUAAAUAAUUAGCUUAAAGUGAGACGAAAGGAAGGAACAACUGUGAACUAAACUUGGCGAAUGAAGUAGCGAGCUCGACGCCAAAAUUAAUGCGUGAAGAAUAUUUUCAUUAAUAUACAUUCAAAUCUUAUUGUAAAAAUUAAUUCCUAAUCAUAUACAAACAUAUAAUGAAUAAAC